AUGGCGGCCUCUGUUCACAACGUGGGUGUACAUUCGCUCAAACUCGAUGACCCAUCCUCGCCCUUGGUUGCCUUCGAGCCCUUUGAACUGCCAUCAACCAACCAGCGCAUACUCGGGCCGCCUCAUCCCAGCGACACCGUGAUCCCGCUGGCCUUGAAGCCCUCCACCCACGAUAACGCGGAGGUUGAUCUUGAUACUGUCGUGAACAGCAUCAAGGCCCUCCAAGCCCGGGAUGGCACCCUGACUAACCUGCUGGCCCGUCAUGGGACCCUUCUUUUCCGUGGCCUGCCCAUUCACAACGCCGAAGACUUCAGCAAAUUUGCCCAUGCGUUUGGAUACAAGCCACACGAGAUCAUCGGCAUCGUUGUCAACCGACCGUUGCUGGCGCCGAAUGUGGCACCAGCCAAUGAGGCGCCCAAGGAAGUUCUGAUCUACAAUCACAAUGAGUCCCCGCAAGUUCCACACGCACCCGAGUACAUCUUCUUCUAUAGCCACCGAGCCCCGGCGAAGGGCGGGGAGACUCCCAUCUCAUCGUCGCUGGAGUUGUUCCAGCGAGCACAGCAGGAAAUCCCCGAGUUCAUCUCCGAGAUCAGCGAAAAGGGCAUCCUCAGCAAAGUCACGUACAAGGUGGACAAGCAGUAUGAGGGCGGAUCGACACUGAAGCAGGCCUUCGGGAAAGAAAUCCAGGACGGCGACGACGAGGCCACCAAGCGAGCCAAGAUCGAAGCCCAGAUUGCACGCUACAACCGAGGCAAACAUACGACCUGGGAGUGGACGGACGACGGCUCGAUCAUCUUGACGCAUCAGCUACCUGCCAUCCGCACGCAGCCUCAGACGAACCUGCCCACGCUGUUCACCGGGCUCGCGGCCAUCUACAAGAACUUCACGGUCAACGAAGGCAACCGAAAGUACAACAACCAACAGCUCUUCGGCGACGGGACGCCUAUUCCGGAGAAGUACCUCGCCCGUCUGGCCGAGAUCACCGACGAAAUCCGCGUCCUCCACAAGUGGCAGCGCGGCGACGUCCUGGUCUACGACAACAUCAUUGCACAGCAUGGCCGACAGCCUUGGGAGGGCGAGCAGAGUGACCGUGUUGUGCUGGCGAGUCUGUUUGACGGGGAACAGGUCCCUGGGGCGUAUGGCACGCAAGAAUGGGCUCAGGUCGUCCAAGCUCUGGAGGGUUAA